GGGCAAGAUCCGCCGAGAAGAACAUGGUGAUGAGCUGCUUAGGGUAACCAGGAACCAUCACGGGGCCUGCUACCCACCUUACUAAGCAGCAUCGGCAAGGCGUCAACGUCCAACGGGAAAAGUCGCAUCGCGCGUUGCAUCACUGCGAACCGGCAAGCUCCUUAGCCACAGCCAUUGAGUCUCAGCAUCAUGGGCGCCAACGAGUCAAAGCCGUCUCCGGCACACGUGUUCAAGGCCUCUGGGCCGAGUUCGGUGUCACAGGACCUGGUCGAUUCGCUGCAAUCAAACCAUGAGACUGAUGCUUCUCGCACCCGCCUCGUGGAGGCCCAGAUCCAGGCUCGCGUCGCCGCCGAGCUCCAGAAGCACCUCUCACAACAAUCAGAUGCCCUGCGCCGCGCACACGAGGGCAUCGCGUCCGCCGAGGACAAGAACGCCGAUGACAGCAAGACAACUCCGGCUGUGAACAAGCAAAUCGAAGGCCUGCGUCGUCGCCUCGAGGAGCGGAAGCAGGUACGCCCUUUGCCCGACAGCGUAGAUGGCGCGCGGGGAGAGCUGGUGCGGUGCCUGACCGAGAACGACCGCCGACCACUGGACUGCUGGGCCGAGGUGGAGAAGUUCAAGACCGAGGUCAAGAAGCUGGAGCAAGAGUGGGUGAACAAGGUGACGUCGUAGGAGACGGCAUGUUUGGUAUGACUAGGUAUGGAGACGGGUAUAGAAGGAGAAGACAUAUGUUGUACAUUACGGCAUUGACAAAAGAGCAUAGACCAUGAAGAGAGCGCGAAUUCAAAGAGGUAAUGAGUCUGUUGCGACGGGCUCGUCUGUGUCUUCUAUGGGAGAAGGCUUGUCUUUCUGCAUUUCGGCUUUGCGACGGAGUCCUUCGGCGCGUUUACGCUCACGUCUGGCGGCGGCGUCUUCCCAGGCUUGCCCUUCUGCAUUCUUUUUCACGGGCGGUGGCUGCGUUGCGGCACUCAAUGCCUGCUGGAAGCGAGCUAUGCGCUUAGUGUUCUCAAAGAAGCGCUC